GUGCGAAUUGCUGGUACCGAUGCCAUGGAGCCGGUUAUCCACUGGCACACCUGCGUCGCGACAGGUCACUCGCAUCACAGCCCUUCUCCACCCCCUUCCUCGUCUUCUUCAGCCUCCGGAUCUGACAGCUGUGCGAACCGUGCUGCAAUGGGAGAUGUGAUUACCGUCUACCACCAGACUGGUUGCAACAUCGGCCCACAGAUUCUCAGAGACGGCUUCCGCCUUGGCCAUUCUGGCUGGUGCGGCGGCGGCAUCUACUUUGCCCGGAGCCCAGAUGCGACAACCACCAAAGCGAUCGGACCUGACUCACACAAAGGCUUCAUGAUCGAAGCUCGCGUCCGUGUCGGCAGGGUGGCCUACGGGGAUCACAAGUGCAAGGUCAAUGGGCAGUCCUUGCAGGGGCAGGGUCUCCUGCGUGCCGGCUACGACUCCAUCGAGUUUGACCCGGGGGAUGGCCAGGAGGUCAUUGUCUACUGCUCCAGUCAGGUGAUCUCGACCAGGAAGUAUCCUUGGAAGUGUUCGUGA